AUGGUGACACCGAUACCAGCGCCAAAAACUGCGACCAAGCAAGAACCAUCGACAAUAAAAGCUCCCAAUUCGAAAAAGAAAUUCUACAUGUAUGCUCGACGUCAAGCACCUGCUGCAAAACCCCCUGAGGUUUUAUUACCAGUGAAGCUCAUCACUAAGGAGUCUGAAUUGCAGGGUUUCUUGGGCAAGAACAACAACACGUUUGCCCCCGCAGAUAUGUCAACUGUCGGUGUGCACUUUCAAUUUGCGGUCCAGAAUAAUUCCCAGCAACCGGAUCAAGUGGUCGCUAUUGUGAUCUGCAGUGAUGUUCCAAGUGAAGUCGCAGUGGUGCUCGUGUUAGCGUCACUAAGUCAGACUCGAAUCACCACUGGACUAAGGGCUUUGCUCAGUGAUCCGUCAGUCGUUAAAGUGAUGUAUAGCGUCCACCAAGUUGCGUACUGGCUCCACUCUUACGGGUUGCAAGAUCCUACUCUUGUAAAGUGCGUCGACUUACAAUUAUGGUACGAAAACGCAGUAGAUCGUACCAUUUUGAGCGCGGAUGUUCUCCAGAUCGCCGCUGCUUGCUCUCCAGAACCAGCGACGGAACUAGCACAGAGUAUGCACUCGUUCAAGGCGAGAAUGAGUCCACUGAGCUUCGAGAAGUGGACUAACAAUCCUUUACCUGAGAGAAUUCAACGCUCGCUUGCUCAAACCGCCAAGUUGUACGCUACCUGCUACUCAAAUCUACGGUGCAGUUUAGACAAGCGCAUGAAUUUAACGUGUGCGAAUAUGACAAACACCCGGUGGAAAGUUGCCGUUUUCAACGAGGGACAUCACUCGAUUUGGUUUGACCCUGCCGCCGACAACCAGCCGCGUAGCCUUGAGUACCUCAUUUCGAGAGCUGGUGGUGAGUCAGCGAUUGAACUUCCAAAGCUGGAGCUGCAAUGCGAGCUUGAUUCGCUACUUGAACUUCUUCCAGAAUCCUAUCGAGACGCUAUCCGUGAGGUGGGAAAUUAUCAUUUUCGACUGGUUGACAUCUGUGUCGACGUUGGUCGAACACCUUUUGCGUACACUGGCAAGAAACAGCGUGUUUUACUCGCCCAAGACGGGACUGUGGUGUCAAAGGAGACCGUCAACGACAUUAUUAUGAACCUGGGAGGCGAGAUGCGUAUCGGAAAUGACAACCGAGCCGGCAUCGACAGACAACUGCACCGCAUAUCAGUCAUGCGCAGUAAGACCGACGAGGUGUACGGACUCACCAUGCGAGUUGGUCGAGCGCUGCGCAACGCUGCGUGUGUGUUGACAGAUCUGCUACUGAGCGAUAAAAACGCCGACAAGUCGGUGCUGGUGUUGGGCCAUCCGGGUAGUGGCAAGACGACGCUCAUCCGAGACGUGGCUCGCUGCGUGUCCGAAACGAUGGAGAACGUUUGCAUUAUUGACACGUCGAACGAGAUCGGCGGUGAUGGUCUAGUGCCGCACGAGUGUGUGGGGUGGGCUCGGCGAAUGAUGGUGCCGUCACUGGAAGCGCAGGCUGGAGUGAUGGUGGAGUGCGUGCAGAACCACACGGUGGAGACGCUGAUCGUGGACGAGAUCGGUCGGAAGGCGGAGGUGUUGGCUGCGUCGACGGUGCGUCAGCGUGGUCCUCGAUUGAUCGCGAGUGCUCAUGGCGAUUUCCGAGCGCUGAUCAAGAAUCCUGACUUGAAAGGGCUAGUUGGUGGGUCUCAACAGGUGAUUGUAGGCGAUAAAGAGGCGAAGGCAUCGAAUCAGGGAAAACUGCAGACUCAGCGAGCGGGUAAUCCGAUCUUCGACGUGAUCGUGGAAUUGGAUCACGUGGUUCGCGGUCGCUGUCGGAUUAUUUGGGAUGUGGCAAAGGCGGUGGAUAAUGUACUGGAGGGCAACGACUACUCGUUCGAGACGCGUCGGUGGGAUGCAAGUACGCGCGGUGUUCAAGUGCUCAGGAAGUAAUGGUGGUGGUAGACAACUUUUUUUUUUGCAAAUCAGUUGACACAUCGGUUAAGCAUCUUGGUUCUUGAUUCGUGUGUAGGUAGAAAUUUGAGUUACGAAAA